AUGAAGCUCUUCCGGUCGGCUGCUCUCGCACUUGCAAUGACUGCAAUUCAACAGGCUCAAGUGGAUGCAUGCACGGCCAUCGCUGUCACGAGAGGAGCAAGUGCAGACAACUCGACGUUGAUCGCCCACACGGACGAUGCAGGUGGUGGUGCCGCGGAUCUGCGUCUUGUCCGCGUUCCAGCCCAAGAUCAUGAACCGGGUAGCAAGCGUGCUGUCUACAACUUCAACGGUGGAUAUCCGAGAGUAGUGGUGCCUGAUCGUGGUGUUCAUUACCAGCCUGUAAAUGAUCCAGAGGUUGGCAAGACUCAGGAGUACUCGACGCCACUGGGGUACAUCCCACAAGUCGAACACACGUACGCGUACUUUGAUCAGGAUUACGGGAUGAUGAACGAAGUCCAGCUCAGUAUUGGUGAAAGCACGUGCGGCGCCAAGACGGUCGGCUGGCCGUUGAACAUACCUGGUGGCAAGAAUCUCUUCGGUAUUGCAGAGCUCACCAAAGUCGCGCUAGAACGCUGCGCGACUGCACGUUGUGCCGUUGAUACCAUGGGCACACUGGCCGAGAAGUACGGCUUCUACAGCGAAGAUAGCGGCGAUAUGGCAAAACCGGACUACGGCGACUCGGCCGAGGCGCUGGUUGUCGGUGACAAGCUCGGUGAGGUCUGGGUCUUCCACGUGAUGACCGGUAAGGACAACGCUGGCGCUAUUUGGGCGGCACAGCGCGUGCCGGACGGACACGUGACGGUGGUUGCCAAUGGAUUUACCAUUCGCGAGAUAGAUCUGAGCCAGCCUGACUGGUUCAUGGCCUCGGCUAAUGUGCACUCGCUCGCCGAGGAAAUGGGCUGGUGGGAUCCAAAAGGUGACAAAUCGUUCGACUUUACGGCCGCCUACGGCUUUGCUGAUAAGGACGCGAUUGGCCCGCUGUACACCGGUCGCCGUGUCUGGCGCGUGUUUGAUGUCUUGGCUCCGUCGCUACAGCUCGAUGCUCGUCUCGGUAGCUUCUCCCAGUACGCCACAUACCCGUUCUCCAUCAUGCCUGACCGUCAGGUGGAGACUUUCCAGAUCAUGGACUUGCUUCGGGAUCACUACGAAGGCACGCGCUACGAUAUGACUAAGGGUUUGGCUGCUGGACCUUUCGGAGCACCUGUGCGGUGGUCAGGAAGCGCUGGUGGCGUCAUCGGUGGUUGGGAACGUCCGAUCUCCAUGUACCGCACUCUGUUCGCAUUCGUCCUUCAAAGCCGCAGUCACAAGGGACCUGAUGCUGUUGGCGGAGUCGCUUGGUACGCACAAGACGCUCCGCAUGGCUCCGUCUUCGUUCCAUUCUCGUGCGCGCAGGAAUCUGUCCCAGAGUCGUAUUUACUGGGCCGCCAGAGCAAGUUCCACUCGCAGUCUGCUUGGUGGGCUUUCAAUUUCGUCAACAACUGGAGCCUUUUACGAUACAACGCCAUGAGUGUGGACAUCCGCAGCAAGAUCGGCGAGCUGCAGAAAGCUGCCUUCUCUCUGCGUAAGAAGAUGGAGAAUGAGGCGCACGAGGCGCGACACUCGGACGACGUUACUGAGUCUCAGCUCGUGGCCCGUGUCCAAGGCCAGAGUAACGAAUUUGCCGAGAAGGUGGUGUCCCAGUGGUGGCAGCUCGCGUGGACACUGAUCGCCAAGUACAGCGACGGCUACAUGACGACAGGCGAGGCACCUGAGCAGCAGGCGUCUAUCGGAUACCCGGCUUGGUGGCUGCAGGCCAGUGAGUUCGCAACGUGGCCUGGUGACACGUUCAAGCCCAAGGCCAGUAUGCGCAAGAAACUGGUAGGUGUUGACAGCGUGACUGCCCAGGGUUUCGUUCGCCAGGCAGCUAUGGCCAACAGUGUCGAGGUUGAGAAUCAAAGCUACCCUAUCGCCAUCGCGUGGGUUAUCAUGGGCGCUGUGCUUGGUGCUGGCAUGCUCGCGUUCGCCAAGAAAGAGAGCCGCCGCGUCGGCUACAACGCUGUAGCGUAAGAGAUCGCUUGCGUAUUAUUCUACACGAACUCCUUCCAGCGUUAGCCGUAGACCAUAGGAAGCACGAAGCUUACGAGAUGACAAUAGAUUUAGCCACCUCCAAUAUGAAUUUUGCUUUAACUUGACCGCAUAAUCAGUUUGCAACCGUG